ACAGUACUUUUUUGUAAAACAGAAUAGUGUUAGUUACGUUCUUGACAGCCAUAUUAGAUUGAACUCCGUAAGAACUGUCAUAUUUCAUUCAUUCAUCCUUGUGGUUUCGUUGAAUUUCUCGGGUUUACUUACAGCUUUAUUUACAUUUAUCGAAAUUAGAAAACGAAAUAGUUUUAUACCUAGCCAUUUCCAAUACGUUUCGAUUGAGAAAUAGUGCUCAAUGUGACUAGAAAUACAGCUUAAAUUUGUGGCAAAGCGGCCUUCAAUACGCAUAGAUUCACAGACAUUAUUCCAAAUGUAUUGUUUUGAUAGAUAAUGGAUCCGAGAAUGUGCAGAAAAAUCAGUAGUAGUGAAAGUCUUCCAGAUGCUGAAAAUGUGGAAUACGAAGUUGCGAGCAUCAUCGCGCCGCAAGAGAGCGAGGAGAACCUGCUGGAGGGCAGCCCCGAGCUGCGCUCAGUCACCUGGCUGGACGACGACCAGAUCGAGGACCUAGAUCUUAAUUUAGACCAAACUAACCUAUUUUUCCAUAGAGUCGAUAGUGCAGAUAUAAUUUAUAGAAGUAAGAAGAAAAGAUGCAAAAUGGUCGGGAAAUACGUUAUGGGGGAUAUAUUAGGGGAGGGUUCGUACGGGAAAGUGAAGGAGAUGUUGGACUCGGAGUCGCUGUGCCGGCGCGCGGUGAAGAUCCUCAAGAAGCGCAAGCUCCGAAGGAUACCCAAUGGAGAGCAGAACGUGCAGCGAGAGAUACAGCUGCUCCGGAUACUUAGACAUAAGAAUGUGAUAGAACUAGUCGAUGUUUUAUUUAACGAUGAAAAACAGAAGAUGUACCUUGUCAUGGAGUUCUGUGUGGGCGUGCUGCAGGACAUGUUAGAGUCAAGCCCCGGCAAGAAGUUUCCGCAGCAGCAAGCCCACGACUACUUCACACAGCUACUAGACGGGCUGGAGUACUUGCACGGGCAGGGAGUUGUGCACAAGGACAUCAAGCCGGGAAACCUGCUGCUGACUCUUGACUCCACGCUGAAGAUUACUGAUUUUGGUGUUGCUGAGGCACUAGACAUGUUCUCGCCAGAGGACACGUGCUACACGGGUCAGGGCUCGCCCGCCUUCCAGCCGCCGGAGAUCGCCAACGGCGCCGAGCAGUUCUCGGGCUUCAAAGUCGACAUUUGGAGCAGCGGCGUCACACUAUACAACAUGACGACGGGCCGCUACCCGUUCGAGGGUGACAACGUUUACCGGCUCCUGGAGGCGAUCGGUCGCGGCGAGCCGGCGCCGCCGCCUGCGAACCUAGGCUCUACACUGCGGUCCCUGCUUAUAGCCAUGCUUCAGCGCGAGCCGCAGCGGAGGCCCAGCGUUUAUGACAUCAGGAGACACGCAUGGGUGCAAGCGACACCGCCGCUGGAGGCCGGCGAGCGAGCAGUGAGCCCGCGAUCACGGCGCUCCGACGACCUGCACUCCUCCACCGUGCUGCCCUACCUCGUGGAGCGACACUACGGCUCGCAGGACUACUUCACCGCCGACCUGCACCACGAGCUGGGCGACGGUGGCUCCCGCACUCUGUCUACAGCUGAAUUAUCGGAGCAGUCGUCACGCAAGCACCGCUGGCACUCCGCCUGCGGCCGCCUCCCCUCCUGCCGCCUCACGUGAUCCACCUGUCCCCGACCCACUAUCUAGGACCAUUGAGGUUUAGUCGCCAUACAAUACCUACAGAACUCCACGGUGGCUCCCGCACACUAUUUAUGUACAUCUGGAUUGUCUGAGCAGUCGUCACGCAAGCACCGCUGGCACUCCGCCUGCGGCCGCCUCCCCUCCUGCCGCCUCACGUGAUCCAACUGUCCCCGACCCACUAUCUAGGACCAUUAAGGUUUAGUCGCCAUACAAUACCUACAGAACUCCACGGUGGCUCCCGCACACUAUUUAUCUACAUCUGGAUUGUCUGAGCAGUCGUCACGCAAGCACCGCUGGCACUCCGCCUGCGGCCGCCUCCCCUCCUGCCGCCUCACGUGAUCCAACUGUCUCCGACCCACUAUCUAGGACCAUUGAGGUUUAGUCGCCAUACAAUACCUACAGAACUCCACGGUGGCUCCCGCACACUAUUUAUGUACAUCUGGAUUGUCUGAGCAGUCGUCACACAAUCAUAGCUGGCACUCCACUGGCGGCCGUCUCCCUUCAUGCCGCCUAACGUGAUCCAUGCCCCUAAACCAACUAGGACCAGACAUUCUACACUCACCAAACAAAGAACAUUAUUUUGGGUGGAUCAACUUUUUCUUGACAUUUACCAUGGUUACGUCUCCUGCCAUCUUACGUACCUAAAUAAUCGAAGCGUCUCCGACCCACUAUCUAGGACCAUUGCUAUUCGGGUGCCAUACGAUACCUACAGAAGUCCAUUACUCCCGCACUCUAUCUGCAGCUGAAUUGUCUGAGCAGUUGUUACGCAAACACCGCUGGCAUUGCUGCUUACGUGAUCCAACCGUCUCCGACCCACCAUCAAUAGUCUGUAUCUUUAGGUAUUUAAAUAAAAGUAAAAAAAAUCUACCCUCAAAUGGCUCCUUGAGCUAGUUGAGGGUAGAUGAAAACAUUACACGAUCAAAUAAUGUAGGGCGUUCACUUACAGAUCCAGGCGGUUUUGUGAUUGGUCGGUUAACCAAUAAAUGUUAUAACUACCCGAAAAUGUACCAAUUGUUUGUUUACUUGUAUUUAAAUACCUAAAGAUGGAGACUAUAGGACCAGUCAUUCUUCAGUCGCUAAACCAGGAACAUUACUUGGGUGAAUCCACUUUUUCUUGACACUUGUUGCCCCAAUUUAUUUCUACUUUAAGGUUUGAUGUAAUUAUUGUAAUUAUUUUACCUGUACUAACGCAUUUUGAUUCGUUCAUGUGCUUAUGCUUUAUAUUACUGCUCGGAUUCGCUAUUUGUAUGUAGGUAUAUGGUGUCAGUGUAAGCUAUAAUUUAGUUUACAAUUAAUAAUUACCAAAAUACCUAAUAUUUUUGUUAAAAAACAUAUGUAUGGGCUUUAAGUGUUUUCGGCAAAGAAUAAGAAUUUGGAUUGUAACAGAUACUGAAAGGGUUAAUAAUAUUAAACAUUGAAUACACAAUUUUGUAAUUGCUAUCAGAUACCUUAAAGUAAACAAGCGUUUAGAAUCAUCUGCGCACGAACUUAUUCAGGGCAUUAAAAUUUGAUCGGAUACUUUUGAUUGCGAGUUUGGUGGCGACUCCACAGGCUUAGAAACUUUGUCUUGUCCAUUCUUCAUGACAAUAAAUACGAAAUUAUAUUGAUAAUGUACGAAAUAUAUAAGCAAUAAUACAUAUAAAAGAGGUAAUAUCCGGAUAUAAAAACAACUUAUAAAAUAUCUAAUAAAAACCUGUGUAACCCUUAAAACCUACGUAAUACAUUUAUUAAUAAUAGGUACAUUUACAUAUGUAGUUUACUUACCAUUGGCAAAGAGAAUAGAGUGUAUAGAGGCGGAUUGUCUAUUAUGUAGCCACUGUAAAUUUACUGCCAUCUUUCGACAGAAGAUUAACCCUUUGACCGCCGUUGUCCGGUAUACAAGACAACGAUAGAACGAUACGCUGGCGCCGUCGUCUUGUAUACAAGACACAAAUUCAACCACCGAGUUAAUGUGAAAAUAAUAACAUUUGCAAUUUCAUUUACACUCUUGUUCAUAUUUUAGGUCUUUGUUUUUUCAUUUAUUUGCUUUUUAAGCAGCUAUAUAAAUCCAUUCUUUUAUAAUAAGGCUUUUAAAAAAAUUGCUCCAAUUUUCAAUGUUUUACAUGUUCCUCGUCGCCGUUGUCUUGUAUAAAAGACAGCUAGGGAUGGGAAUGUUAACUCGAUAUGGGAAUUUUUAAAUUAAAUAUAAAGUCAGAAAUAUGUUUUUAUUUAAGUAUUUUAACACUUGUUAAUCGCCAAUUUUUUUUUAACGAAUAGUAGGUAACUACUUACUAGAAUACGUAGAACGAGAGUCAGAUAGGCAUAACUAUAUGUAAAGUUCAGGCAGCUUCUUUAGCUGUAUAAAGUAGAGUCAGACAAGUAAAUUUGCCCUUGUAGAUUGUGGACUAUUUAAUUGCAGAAGGAUAAAUAAAAAAAUAAUUGAUGUUAUUUUAUAGCUUAUUGGGAAGGGAUACACCGCAGCGACCGCUUCGCACAAGAGUGGUACAGAUGGACAUACCUGUUUAUCAGACUUAAGUUUUUUAUUAUAACAUUGAAAUUAAUGUGUAUUUUUAUAACAAGUCGUUGAAGGUUUUUUUGGUUAGAGUUUAUAGAUUAAUGUAAACCAAACUGAUAUUAUAAUGAUAGAUUCUAAUUCCGGAAUAAUAUCUACACUCAUAAAAAAUUCAACCCACGUGUAAUUUUUACUAAAACAGUUCCGAUAUAUUGACUUUAUCGAUACAUGAUGCGCAGCUUUAACGUUACGCCAAUAAAGUUUACGUACCGACAAGCGCUUACGCCGUUGACCUAGAGACUAUUAUUACUUAAUCCGCGCGAAAACUGUCCUUGUCGGUCUGCACUGCGGGCAGUCCAUGCGCGCCGUUGUCUUGUAUAAAAGACUUCUCGUACAGCCUAGUGCGGCGAUAUCACGUCUUGAAUCGACAUUGUUUAGUGGUUGUUUUUUAUGUUAAAUCCCUAUAUUUUAAACAUUUUCGAGUGUAAAACAUAUGUUUAAUUUUGGCAAUUUGGAAUGAAAUUAAAACAGGAUAAGAACAAAGCUAAAUUAAAUAGUACAUUGUGUAUUAAGGGCGGGAAAUAAGAAAUUACGAACGAGUGUCAAUUUUAAGCCCGACGCGAAGCGAGGGCUUAAAAUGUUCACGAGUUCGGAAUUUCUUUACCGCCCGUGGCACACACAAUGUUUUUCAUCACACUUGUAAGGAAAAAAAGGAGAAUUAAUAAAAACAAACUUCUGUAUAAAACACUUUUCCGCCCUAGGGCGAAAAUUUCAAUUUCCCGCCCGCAAGCCCUACGUGUAAAUAAGUGUUUUUCAUCACACUUGCUCGGAAAAGAUUUUUUCCGCCCUAGGGCGAAAAUUUCAAUUUCCCGCCCGCAAGCCCUACGUGUAAAUACAUCUUUU